AUGUCUACUCCCGAGUCACCAGCGUUUCUAGCGAAGAAACCCACAGUCGCUCCCACCUUCGACGGUGUAGAUUUCGCAGACAAUCAAGCCGUUGCAAACGCACGAGAUGCCAUCGUACGAGAACAAUGGGUCGGGUUGAUGAUGCAGAGAUUAGUUGGCGAAGAGAUGGGGAAAUGCUACUUACGUGAGGGCGUCAACCAUUUGGAAAAGUGCGGCAAAUACAGAGACCGAUACAUUCAACUCUUAAAAUCAAACAACAACAAAGGUUUCCGUGGGCAACAGCAGAACUACAUCCCCGGCGUCGAUGGUCCUUUGGGCGGAGCAGAGAUUCCUACAGACUAUCCUACUGUCCAACAAGCCAAGGGGUCAAAGGGUUCCGAUUACAGACCUGGAAACACGAGUGGACAAGGUGGAAAUACGCUGUACUAG